GCGCAUACUUGGCUCCUUUCCAGUCUCGAGCGUGUGUGAAGGGAGGGAACUGGCUGCGGGGACAGCGGCCUGACGAUUUCCAUGACUACGGGCCCCAGAAGGCCUUGCAGUGGAGCAUGCGCAAUGUGAACAAUCGGGCCUGAAGGGGGUGGGGGUCCGGGCGCAGCUUAGUACAAACACGUUGCCUGGAGGCAGGGCGAGGCAGCUGCAGUCGGGUCCCAGCUCUGCCCCCCGAGUGGGACCCUGUGGCUCCGGCCUUAUGGAGCAGCGGCCUGAGCGCAAGGUCAUUUUGAAUUCUAAUCCGGUCUUCCAAAGUGCUUGCAACUCUAUCAUCUGCAAAUUUUAUAAGGAUAUAAUACACUCCGUUAUCCAAGUCAUUCAUGAAAAUAUUGAAUAGUACCGGAUUCUGCAGGACCCCAUCAAUAACUACUGUGAGUGCAGACUUUUAACUGGUUGUACACCCAUCUUACAGUAAAGGAACUAUAGCCAGGUCUCAUCAGUCAUCAAAAUGCAAAGGAAUUUAAUACAGACUGUGUUUCAGCUGGCACAUCGGACAUGUUUGGUACCACAUCGCACUGGUUUCCUUCAACACUUAAAAGGAAAACCAGUUUUGCCUCAGACUGGAUGCAAAGUGAUUUUGGCAUUGGGCCCUGAAAAACAGUGUCUCCAUGCAUCUGCUGCACUCUGUCUCUCAAAGGAAGGAAAGUCACUGGGUGUAUUUUCAUCCCAACCAGAAGGCACUCACCACAAAGAACAAAAGGAAGAAAACCCUUUGAAACCAGCUAGUGAUAUACCCCAGGGGAAGCCUGUAGAAUCAAGUUCUUUAGAGCCUGAUCCAUUACAAGACAAAUCAAUUAGUCUCUUUCAGAGGUUCAAGAGAACUUUUAAACAGUAUGGAAAAGUUAUGAUUCCACUGCAUCUGUUGACUUCCAGUGUAUGGUUUGGAUCCUUUUACUACGCAGCCAUGAAAGGAGUGAAUGUUGUUCCUUUCCUAGAGUUCAUUGGGGUACCAGAAAGCAUUGUAAGCAUUCUGAAAAACUCUCAGAGUGGAUAUGCACUAACUGCGUAUGCAAUGUAUAAGAUUGCAACUCCUGCCAGAUACACGGUAACUUUAGGAGGAACAUCCAUUACUGUCAAGUAUCUUCGUAAGCAUGGCUACAUGUCCACACCUCCUCCGGUAACAGAAUACCUCCAGGAUAGAAUGGAAGAAACAAAAGAGCGUCUCUCAGGGAAAAUGGAGGAAACCAGGGACAUGAUUAGUGAGAAAAUGGAGGAAACAAAGGAUAGACUAACAGAGAAGAUGGAAGAAACAAAGGAUAGAAUAACAGAAAAAAUACAAGAAACCAAAGAUAAAGUUUCAUUUAAAAAAAGAAAAGAAUAAGAAAAUGCUCAGCUUAGGUUGUACAAAAAAUUAUGCAAUUUAGCCUUUUUUGGAGCAUCCUGAUAUGGACUUUCUCCUGAGCUUUCAUUUGGCUGGCUGGAGAAUAUCCGUGUUCUAAGGAGUAAAGAUUCUUAAAUGCUAAGCUUCUUUUUAAAAGAAAAAAAUCUGUCUUAUGAAAGAAAAUGAAUCUAGUAUUAAAAAUCCAUAUGUGCAAUGGCCAAUGGUGGUCAGUUUUUGGUAAGUCACAAUGCUUCUCUAAGAUCCACAAUAUUAUUCUGGUCGUCAGCUGGGAACCACCAUUGUCAGACUGGUUCCUCCAUUCCCUGGGAAUACAGAUUUUGUUUUUCAGAGAGAGGAUAUGUCUCUUUCAGUCACAUAUAACAUACGCACUGAUCUCUCUCUAACUACUGCCAUCUCAAUUCUGAGACAAACCCUUUGUGCUGCUGCUGCAAGUGAAUGAACUAAUGGGCCAGAUCCUUAGCUAGUGUAAAAUGCCAUAGCGACACUGUCUUCAGUUGAGUUACAACAGCUUACACCAGCUGGGGAUCUGGAUCUUUGUUUUAAAAAAUGGUGUCUUGAAAUUUUCAAAGACCUUUCAACUGAAAAUUAUAGUAAGAGUUAAUUACAGUAGCCAGGUAUUCAUUUAUACUUUUUGUGUUUUAUAUAAAGUUGAAUUACGAUUGAGAAUGUUGUAGGAUUGAAUAAAAUGUACUGACUGUAACUGCAUACGGACUAAAGCAUAACUGGUUCAUUUUCAUCCAGAAUGAUGCUGUAAUUUACUGACGGUGUUCUGCUUUGUACUAGCUUGCAAUAAUAAACAUUAAAGGGAGAUAAGUCUGCACUUA